AUGCUUCCCGCCCUGCCCACCGAAAUAUGGCAGAAAAUCAUUCAAAUCGCUGCACUCACAUCUGAUCCCGACAGACCCAACUCGUGGCUGCACACCUACCUCACCCUCCGUCAAGUUUCAAAUUUUUUUCGAGCAAACACAGCUCGAACAUAUCUGGACACCUUUCUAGCAUAUCGGGACCGAUGUAUCAUAGAUUCCUUAAGCGCAAAACUCGAAAUACUGGCUGUCACCAAUCAUACCGUCCUGGAAAUGAGAUUCCACAGCAGAGAUCCAAACGACGAAGCCAGAGUCAUCUUCAAAGCGUCAACGGAGCUGAAUGAUGGUCCAGCCAUGUAUGAGGAAUGGAAGGCCAAGAUGGAAGCGUUUGCGGAGAAGCCCGACCUCACGCUAUACAUCAUCUCCAUCUAUGGCUGUUCGCUGGAUAUUCAGCUUCCAGGUCUGCGGUAUGAUUUGGAGGAGCGGGAAAUGAGUUUCGAAUGGGAAGAUAUGCUGCACCAAUUCAUUUUGCAAUGUGUGGAGGUCAGUCGUAGAAUGCUGGCCAUUGGCGCAUUUGAAGAGAAACGGCCUGGUGAUCUAUGGGCAUCAUGUUGUUGA